UGUUUCCAAACUUUAAACGGCUCUCCGUGGAGUUCUGAAUGCUGCUGCGGUAUUGUUCGCGGCUAAAAUAUAAAAAAAGUGAAAUGCAUUAAAAUUUUCGGAGCAUGAACCGCUUCCUGACAUGUUUUUCACAUUAUUUUAUAUAAAGACUGAACGUUUGUGGCUCUCAAUGGAGACCAGAUGCGCUUUUACGCACUCCGUCUAACCCUGGCAGUCAGCGCGCUUUUACGCACACGGGAUAUUUGACUCCUUGCUCUCGGCACGAUGUCAAACGUCAGAAACCAAACUUAUUCUAUAGGAAGGAAGAGAAAGAGACUGAAUGUCAUUCACGUCGGGCUUCUGGGGGCGCCAGCUCGAAGGAAAAAACGAUCUGCUCGUUAACGGUUUCUCACGGGUUUUCUUACGACUUUUGUCAUUUUGCAUUUCUUUCAAAGAAGGAUUUACGCGGGAGCCAUCAGGCUCUCUGAGACAUCUGAGAGGAUGACUUUGUCUUGCCUUUACGCGCUGUUCUUGUGGAUUAGUUUAGUCUACCCUUCGCUCGGAACCGGGUUUGUUUAUCGCUUUCCAGGCAUCACAAUUCAGCGGCAGCGCAUCAAGUCGGAUCACAGCAGCAGCAGCAGCACUGGACCACCCGGUACCGGGUCACGUAGGAACUGGUGUCAGCACACUGUUUUCAAGACGGUGACCUGCAAAGUGCACAAUGGGACAGAAAGCUCAGUGCAGAGAGUGUUUCAGGGCUGCCGGUGGCCCGGACCAUGUGCCAAAGUGAUCAGCUACAGAACUGUCAUCAGGCCGUCCUUCAAGACUGCUUACAAGCAAGUCUCUGCGCUGGAGUGGAGAUGCUGCCCGGGGUUUGUCGGAGAGGAGUGUCGGGAAGAGUGUAUGAACUGCACUGCUUUCAACGACAUCAAUGGGAGGAUAAACAACAUUGAAUUAAAGGUCAAACUCCUGGAAGAAGAACGUUCAUCUCUUCCAGUAUUUCGUCGAUUACCAGAUGGCUCAACAGAAAAUGAAGUGGACCCUCCUCGACCCACUUCUGUUGGACCACCUCCAUACCUGCCUGCAGUUGCUGGAACCAGAGGGCCCCCAGGGCCCAUUGGACCUCCAGGGCGUGCAGGUUCUGCAGGACCUCCAGGUGUUCCUGGACGGGCAGGCUUUCCAGGACCUAUAGGACCCAAGGGGGACAAAGGCUCACCAGGAGAGAUUGGUCUUCCUGGCCCUCCUGGUCCACCGGGUCCUCCAGGGCCUGGUUCCUCUCCUGUCCAAACCCGAGGAGACGUUUUUUACGUGGAACCUCAAGAAGAGAACCCCAUCCAUUCAGCCAUAUCUGCUCCUCAGAUCACAAUUGGUCCUCCUGGUCCAGUAGGUCCUGUUGGACCCUCAGGCUCCCCGGGAUCACGAGGCCCUGAAGGAGUUCCGGGUCUUCCCGGACAAGAUGGCAAGGACGGACUUCCAGGCAGGCCUGGAAAUCCAGGGCCUAAAGGAGAUCCAGGCGAAGGGGGGCCCCCAGGUGCAAAAGGGGAGCAAGGCCUACCAGGAGUGCCAGGACCAAAAGGAGAGCCGGGAGUGGGCAUGAAUGACGGAGAAGCCAUUCAGCAGCUCAGGGAGGCGCUGAAGAUCCUGGCGGAGAGGGUGCUGAUCCUGGAGCAUAUGAUAGGGAUUCACGAGAACUCCGAGGGGUCUGGGUUCGGCAGCAUUUCAGAUCCGCUGUCUUUCUCUGGCCUGAAGACCAAGCGGCGUCAAACCGUUCAAAUCCUUUCCCACUCUCCUGAUCUAAAGGACAGACAGAGACAGGUCCCCCUUUAAGAUGAAGGUUAAAGUUACAUUUCUGUUCAGAGUUGCUAAGGAAAUGGCAAAUCUUUUUUUGUUUUUUUUUAAUGAAUGGUGCUUUUUUCAUAGAUUGUGGCUUCAGUUUGAGUUCAGUGACUGAUGAGUUUAGAGUCAUCCUCAGCAGACUUGACUUGAUGUUCAGGACUUGUGAGCAAUGUUACUUUUUUUCCUCUUCUUUAAGGGGCUUAUACCAUGCAAUAUUAACUUUUUGAGCUUUUGAGUGUUUAUAAUGGUCAUUCAUCACAAUAAACAGCCCCAAAGCGUUCACGUAUUUCUAAGUAAUCCUCUAAAAAUCUGCACUCUGAACAGCAGCCCCUCCCAACCCACGAAAAUGAGCAGGUUCUUAUGAGCUGAUGUCACAAAGGGAGAACAGCCUGUUUAAGAAAGAGACUUUGUUGCCAGUACUGCCCCCAGGCUAGCACAAAUACACUUUAUCCGCUCAACUAGCUGUGAUCCACUGAUAACUUUACUACUCAGCUAGCAGUGAUCAGCCGCUAACUUCGCUGCUCAGCUAGCAGUGAUCAGUCACUAACUUUACCACUCAACAAAAUUUGUCCUUUUGUACCAAAGUAAAUAAAUAUUCAUAUCUAUGGACAUUGUUUACUCUGAAAUAUUUCAGAAAAGCAUGGUAUAGGCCCUUUAACUUUAACACAGUUACAAUCUUUGCCUUUCUCACAUCAGUUUCUGUUGCCUAUUUCAAAAGAAUCUUGGUGAAUGAAUAUUUGUUGCUCUCCACGUGUUUGUUAGUUAAGGAUGACCAUAGAUUGAUCAUUUCAGCUACAACAUUUUCAGUGAACCUUAGGGAAAAAAAGUUCAAACUUAACCUAAAAACAGCUUCUGAGGGCCUCUGGGUGUUUUUUACUCCGUAUUUCUUAUCAUACCUUAGAUUUUUAUAUGUAUUUUUCUAUAUUUUCUAUGUUUUUAACUCCUACAUGAACUAUUUUUAUGAUGUUUUUUUUCCAUAGAAGGAUGUUUAAGACAUUUUGCCAAUGCAAAAGUCUUCUCACCUUACUUUUACUUCUACAAACAAAGCAGCAUAAAAACUAUUUUUUAAAAUAAAUUGUGAGGGUUUUUGUCCAGAAAAGUUCAUAAAAGUAAACGUUUUUUUUUUUUCUUUUAAUUUGGAGUCAUUUAAAAACCCCACAGAAAAUGUAUGAUUUAGUGUGAAACACAUUCUGAGUUAUGCUUUUGCCAGAUAACAUUUUCUUCUCUGUCGUGAAAGGUUUCCACCAAUAUCUGCUUAAAAUCAAACUGAAUUAAAGGGUUAGCGGUUACUGUAAAGCAUCUGGAACACAAAGGAGGAAGAUCCUGACAGAGCAGCGAUCCCUGCUUGGCCCGAACACCCCUGGAAGCCGACAGGGAGCUAAAUUUGACAGGAUUACGUUGACUUCUUCAUAAACUCCCUGAGAUUUCUGUUAACACUGAUAUGAUUACUGUAUAACAGGUCUCUGAGAGACACUGUUGUUUUCUGAAUAAAUCUUCUGCCGUGUC